AUGGGCAAGAUCACAGAAAUCUUUUUUGAUUGCGAUAACACUCUGGUCCUCUCAGAGGAGCUAGCCUUCGAGGCUUGCGCCGAGCUGGCCAAUGAGAUUUUGGAAGCGCAUGGCAUCCCCGACCGUUAUACUGGUGACCAGCUCAUCAAAGAUUUUGUCGGCCAAAAUUUCCGUGGCAUGAUGGUCUCGCUACAGAACAAGUACAACUUCGAGAUUGAUGCGGAGAAGUUGGAAGGAUAUGUCACGAAGGAAGAGGACAAAGUCAUUGCCAAGUUGGAGGAGAAGGCUAAGGCCUGUAUCGGUGCCACCGAGGAGCUGGAGAAGCUUUAUGCGUCAAAGCAGUACGGUCUUGCCGUCGUCUCCUCUUCCGCUUUGCGUCGCGUGGUUGCUUCCAUCAAGAGGGUCGGCCAGGACAAGUUCUUCGACGGGAUCAAGAUCUUCAGCGCUGCCACUUCUCUGCCGAAGCCGACUUCCAAGCCCGACCCAGCUAUCUACCUGUAUGCUCUCGAGCAGGUCGGCAAGACUGCUGGUGAAACUGUUGCUGUCGAGGACAGCAAGUCUGGUGCUCUUUCGGCGGUUCGUGCCGGAAUUCCCGUUAUCGCUUAUGUUGGCAGCUAUAACGGCGAAGAGACACAGAAGGAGAUGGCUAAGGUUCUGACUGACCUUGGUGCAAAGACUGUCAUGUACAAUUGGUCUGAGUUUGAGGAUCGUAUGAAGGAUAUUGAGGCAAGUCUCGCCAACGAUGUUCAGUCGAGCCUUUAA